AUGUCGAACAAGCACUGGGAGCAGAACAAAGAUGCCACCAUCUACGUCGGCAACCUCGACGAGCGCUUCGCCGAGGGCCUCCUCUGGGAGCUCAUGACGCAGAUGGGCCCCGUGGUCAACGUGCACAUGCCCAUGGACCGCGUCAGCCGCACCCACCAGGGCUACGGCUUCGUCGAGUUCGACACGCCCGAGUCGGCCGACUACGCCGCGCGCUGCCUCAACGGCAUCCGCGUCUACGGCAAGCCCAUCCGCGUCAACAAGGCCUCGGCCGACAAGCAGCGCGCCGCCGAGAACAUCGGCGCCGAGCUCUUCGUCAACAACCUCGACCCCCAGGUCGACGAGAAGAUCCUCUACGACACCUUUGGCCGCUUCGGCCAGCUCGUCAGCCCCCCGAGCGUCAUCCGCGACCAGAACAACGUGUCCAAGGGCUACGGCUUCGUCAGCUUCGACAGCUUCGAGGCCUCCGACACGGCCCGCGACGCCAUGAACGGCCAGUACCUGCUCAGCAAGCAGGUCACCGUCGAGUACGCCUACAAGAAGGACGGCAAGGGCGAGCGCCACGGCGACGAGGCCGAGCGCAAGCUCGCCGCCGAGGGCAAGAAGCACAACAUCGUCCCGGAGCAGCAGCCCCUGCCGCCCGCCUUCCUCAUGUCUGGCCCCGCGGCUGGCCCUCCCGGCGCCGGCGCCGCUGCCCCUCCCGCUACCGCCCCGCCUCCAGGCCCCGUCGCCCCUGGGUUCGCCCCCAGCCCGGUCGCCGGCGCUCCGCCAAUGGCAGCCGGCAUGCCUGCCGGGUUCGCCACCCCGCCGCCCGUCGCAGGAGGAGGCAUACGUCCCCCCCCGCAGCAGCCAGCGUACGGCGCCCCUCCUCCGCACAUGGCCGCUGCCGGCCGCGGCAGCGCACUGCCACCGGCCCCCUCGGGCCUGCCUGCCCGGCCGCCACCCAGUCAGGGAGGCUACAACGGGCCUCAGGACUACCACCACGCCGCCGCCGCCCCCGGAUACCGCGGCGCACCGCCCCCUCCACCAGCCAUGCCCGGCGCUCCGCCGAUGGGUGCUCCUCCCCAGGGCUUCGGCGCUCCCCCGCCACCGGGCUUUGGCGGCGCCAAUGGUGCUGCCGUGCCUCCUCCCACCGGGUACAUGCCGCCGCCUGGCUUUGGCGCCCCUCCGCCUGGCCAGGCACCUGCUGGGUUCGGUCGUCGCUGA